CGGCCCAACCGCGACCACAACAAGCAGCGUGGACUGUCCGUGAUGCGGCGCACGGGGCCGAGAGAGGUGCUCUCCGUGUCGGGGCUCCCGCUGCCGCGCCCCAUCAGCCCGGAGCAGUUCCCCGCGGUCAAGACGGAUCCGAACCACGGGCUGUGGGAUUUCUUCUACUCGGCCGACAAGCCGCUCAACACGCCGGCUGAGGAUAGCAAGCACGGGCGGGCGUGGAACGUGGAGGAGCUCCGACGGAAGAGCUGGGACGACCUGCACCGGCUGUGGUGGGUGUGCUGCAAAGAGAGGAACAGGAUCAGCACGGGCAAUGCCGAGCGGAAGAAGGGUGGGUAUGGGUAUGGCGAUGUCGAGAGCCGGGAGCGGGAGGUACAGGUUCGCAAGACGCAGAAUGCUAUCAAGCAUGCCCUGACGGAGAGGUUCUACGCGUGGGAGGAUGCGGUUAAGCUGGCCGAGGAGGACCCUGAGAUCAAUUUCACGGAAGACGGUGUUCAGUAUGUCCCU